ACACAUAUCUUUACACAAUCGUCGAUAAAAGUUCGGUAGGAUAUACUUUUCUUUGCCUCAGCCUUUACGACGACCCUUUCAUCUCUUCUGCAUCUCCUUUUUCAUCACGCCCUUCUCUUGUUUUCCUUUUCUUCAUCGCCGAUUUUAUACUCAUGGCCACGGCAGGGAACAAGAAUAUCAACGCCAAAUUGGUCCUUCUUGGGGAUGUUGGUGCUGGAAAAUCAAGUCUGGUUUUGCGUUUUGUCAAAGGGCAAUUUGUCGAAUUUCAGGAAUCCACAAUAGGUGCUGCCUUCUUCUCACAAACAGUGGCUGUAAAUGACGCAACUGUAAAAUUUGAAAUUUGGGACACUGCUGGUCAAGAGAGAUAUCAUAGCUUAGCUCCAAUGUACUAUAGAGGAGCUGCAGCUGCUAUAAUAGUGUAUGAUAUAACAAACCAAGCAUCAUAUGAUAGGGCAAAGAAAUGGGUUCAAGAGCUUCAAGCGCAAGGCAAUCCUAACAUGGUCAUGGCACUUGCUGGGAACAAAGCCGAUCUAUUAGAUGCAAAGAAAGUGGCAGCAGAGGAAGCACAAAUAUAUGCUCAGGAGAAUGGUCUUUUCUUCAUGGAAACCUCCGCAAAAACUGCUACCAAUGUCAAUGACAUUUUUUAUGAAAUAGCAAAAAGAUUGCCUCGUCUACAGCCAGCACCAAACCCCUCAGGAAUGGUUCUUAUGGACAGGCCUGCUGAUAGAACUGCGUCUGCCACUUGUUGCUCUUAAAUUUUCAUAAUGGUUCUAAUAAUUGCAUGUACACAUUCCAACUUAUACUGUACAGUAUCGAUGUUCAGAUACAUUGUAUCAUUUGCAAAGCUUGGUGAUUGAAUUUACCCUCUUAAAGUUGAUAAUACUUUAUAUGGUCGUAA